CGCGGCCUUUUGACGUCAUCAAGCGCCGCUCCAACCCGGAAGUGGCCUGCGGAGCGCACGGACGCAGGACAGGGAAGCUGCAAUCAUGGACUCCGCCAGCCACCCUUCAAUGGGUGAGGUUGUCCUAAUGGCAACCAGUUCGGCUCUUACUGCCAUCCUCUACGCCAUCUACAGACACAAGUCAAAAGUUGCAGACAAUCUGAAGGGUGCUAAAAAAGUCACUCUGGACCAGGAUUUAAAGAGCCUGUUGAUGGAAGCCCCCGGGAAGUGCGUCCCCUACGCGGUGAUAGAAGGUAUGGUGCACUCAGUCAAGGAAAGCCUCAGCAGUCAAUUUGUGGACAGCUGCAAGGGGGUGGUCCAGAGGUUGACCCUUCAGGAGCACAAGAUGGUGUGGAACCGGACCACCCACUUCUGGAACAACUACGAAAAGAUCAUCCACCAGAGGACGAACACGGUUCCUUUCGAUCUGGUGCCCCUGGGGAGUGAGGGCCCCCCUGACGUGGCCGUGAGGGUCCUAAAGCCCCUGACCGCUACAGAGCUCAGCCUGGAGACGGUCUACGAGAGAUUCCACCCCUCGGUGCAGUCCUUCACUGACGUCAUAGGCCACUACAUCAGUGGAGAGCGGCCCAAAGGCAUCAAGGAGACCGAGGAGAUGCUGACCGUCGGGGCAGCCCUCACUGGCGUGGGCGAGCUGGUCCUGGACAAUAGCACCAUCAAGCUGCAGCCCCCCAAGCAGGGCCUGCGCUACUACCUCAGCAGCCUGGGCUUCCAGACGCUGCUGCAGCGGCAGGAGUCAAGCGUCCGGUUCUGGAAGGUCCUGACGACCCUUUGCGGGCUGGCCAGCUGCGCCAUCCUCCUCUUUGUUCUGCACAAACAGUACCGGCGGCACCGGGAGAAGCGACGGAUGCGUCAGAUGCUGGAGGAUCUCUCCGCCGGAGGGGACGCCGCCACCACCUGCGUGGUCUGCCUGAGCAACAGCCGCGCCUGCGUUUUCCUUGAGUGUGGCCAUGUGUGUUCCUGUCGGAAGUGUUAUGAGGCCCUGCCCAGCCCUCCUCACUGUCCCAUCUGCAGGCAGCUCAUCGCCAGGAUGGUGCCUUUGUACAACAGCUGAGGGGUGAUGCGCUCUCUCUCUCUCUCUCUCUCUCUCUCUCUCUCUCCCUCCCUCCCUCCCUCCCUCCCUCCCUCCUUUAGGAACUGUUUUGAACAUUGUUGCAUUAUUGGGAGUGGGUUUCAUGAGUAGAUGGGGGCUUAGCUCUAGCUCUUUGCACAGACCGACAAAGCCAAGCGAUGCUGCUCUGGAAUUGAAGUGCCGGCUGUGGCUUUGGUAAAAAUGCCAAAAUGAAGGUUCUCCUCUUAUUUGUGUGUGUAAAUGAAUCAUCUUUAGGUGUUGCCUGUUGGAGAACUCCCAGGAUCAUGUUUCUAGAGCUGUGUGGGGUUCACACUUUUUUGAUUUAUGAACGCUUUGGCCCUGAAUUUUUACCCCGAUUUCCCUGCUGACUCAGUUCCCAGAAUAAAAUGGGGCUGCACUGCCCUUGUUUCAAGUGCAA